AUGGAUCAGCCGAAAUACUUUGAAGCCGAUCUUGAGGCUGCUCGGCAAGUCAGAGACACCCGCCGCUCAGAUAGCACACUCUCGUCUGUUAUUAGCCUCAAGCAGCAAGAGGUAGAACCCAGACCAACCAGCAAGGUGCGGACUGCCCUGCGAGUAGCGGUGCAACCCGGAGUCAUCUUUGCUGUUCUUGCGUUUCUAGCCGGUGCAGUCGCCGCUACAAUGUUUGUGGUAACUGUGGUCAAGGACGAUUGGUUUGCGUCGAAAUGA